UCACCACCGGUUAGAAUUAGGGUUUUGUAAAUAGCUUAUGGAAUUCGACGGAGGCCUUGAAUUUUUGGACAGCGGCGUUGACGUGAUCGGAGAGAUUGAUUGGGAUUUCGUAUUCGACGAUGCGAAGGGGUUAGAUUUGUUGCAGGAGUUGGAGAACCCGGCCGUCACGGCGGCGACUGGGGCUUCGCCUUCUUCGUCGUCGUCAUCGACGGUGGAGGAUGCUCCGGACAACCCGGAGACGGGAUCGAUUGACACGUGGAUCGGCGAGGUUGAGGACAUGCUGAUGAAAGACGACGACGUCAGCAAGGUGGAGGCUUCGGAGGAGCCGCCUAAGGAGUACUAUGAGAAUUUUUUGGCGGAUGUACUCGUGGACUCGCCGUCGACGGAAUCUCCGGCCGACGUGGAUUCGAAUUCAAACGGCUGCGCUGAGUCGGAGAAGGAGAAAACCGAUGGAUCGCCGCUCAACAAUGAUACGGAUGCUGACGCAGACGCUGACGAUCCUGUCUCCAAGAAAAGGAGAAGGCAGUUGAGAAAUAAGGAUGCAGCGAUGAAAUCAAGGGAGAGGAGAAAAAUGUAUGUCACAGAUCUGGAGAUGAAGAGCAAGUAUUUGGAAGGCGAAUGCAGGAGGCUGGGGCGUUUGCUUCAGUGCUGCUAUGCCGAGAACCAUGCUUUGCGACUUAGUCUACAGAUGGGCAAUGCAUAUGGCCGUGGUGUUUCUGGUACCAAGCAGGAGUCUGCUGUGCUCUUGGAACUCCUGCUGUUGGGUUCCCUGCUUUGGUUCCUGGACCUCACGUGCCUAUUCACCCUGCCUCUAAUGCCCCACCUACUACUACUAACUCUAAAUCAAGAGCAGGCAAACAAAGCUCUAGAAAGUGUGGGUCCAAGAGCAAGAGGGGAAGUAAGUAAGGUGGUUUUGGCGCUUCAGUCUCAAUCUUUUGUAAAGACUAGGAGGUGCAAGGCGUCCAGGACGAAGAUGAAAUAUGCUUUCCUUGUCUCUUGAGUUUUUGAGUGAGCUUUGCUCUUCUCUCUCUCAAAUAUGAAGAACUACUGUGAACAACUCUCAGCUGGUUGGCUGGUUUUAUGUUCUUUUAUUUUUGUAUUUUUCCUUUAAUGCUGGUUCCUUAGGCAUUAGGUGUAUUAGGUUUAAGUGCUGGCAGAUGGCCUUAUCGAGUAAACUAUUUGAACCAUCAUCUACAUAUGCUAUGUUGUUUAGUAUGAUGUGGAAUCUUUCAACUCCUGCCCGUAAUAACUUUGGAUAUGUCAAAUAUAUCUCGAUUCUCUAUA